UUACGGUAAAUUGGAGCGUCGCAAAUCAGCCGUCACUGUUGCUGUUGUUGCUUCUUGCUAGCACAAGCUAAGCUGCGUACAUCGUGCAUGGGGUCGUUGAACAUGAAGAGAGUUACCAAUGUGGUCACUGUAUAGUUUGUUGUUGUUUUUUUUUCGAAACGUCCUUUCAGAGCUGCUACGUGAUAAACAAAAUAUUGUCAUUGCUAUAGGAGGCGUUCUUUUCAAAAUGGACGGUUAGCUACCAAGCUAAUGUCGCAGCAUCUAAGUUCAUUGCUAGCUAACUAGCUCAUCGACCCGUGGAUCAGCUCAAGCGUACACACUGACAAAUAACAUGGCACAGUCAUCGCCGUUAUCAGGCGUUAAUGUUGUUCUGGUUAUGGCCUAUGGAAGCUUGGUGUUUGUGCUGCUGUUUAUCUUCGUGAAAAGACAAAUCAUGCGUUUCGCAAUGAGAUCCCGCCGAGGACCCCAUGCACCUAUUGGGCACAAUGCACCUAAGGGUUUGAGGGAGCAGAUUGACUCCAGGCUGUCCAAAGUCCAGGAGAUCCGUUUCGAACCUCGUCUCCUAGCAGAAGAAGACGACAGGCUGAAACAAGAAUCGCAGAUUAGUUGCUACAACUACCUGUACAGAAUGAAGGCUCUGGAUGCCAUCCGUGAUUCCGGCAUUCCUCUGCAGGAGAUAAGCCGCAGUCCCAGUGCGUUUACUGGACGCAGCUUUAGGAACUGGCUGCUGGAGCUGCGCAACUCCCACUCUCUGAUCAAGAGCAGCCGCAGCGCGCUCAUCGACCGUCUGCUUGAAGGCUACGACAGCGCUCGCCAUGGGACUGGGGUGUUUGGGGAAGCUGAAUUUCUUGAAUACCAGCAAGCUCUCAGCGAACUAGCUGAUGUAGUGAAGGCCUAUUCCAGCACCACCAGCCUGGACCAGCAUCACCAGUCUGCAGCCAAGGACCUGACAGGCUCUCCUGUCCGGAGCACUCCCUCCACCAUCCAGGUCACCUACCUGCCCUCCACGGGCCAGCGCAGCAAGAGGCCCAAGCACUUUCUGGAACUCAAAAGUUUCAAAGACAACUACAACACGCUGGAGAGCACCCUGUGAGACUCUGCUGCUGCGGACCGACUGACUGACCGUGUGUGUGUGUGUGUGUGUGAACAUACUUAAACGAACACCUUUUUCUUUCCUGAGUGAGCUCUAAAAUUCAGCCACACAUUGAGAAACGUCGGCUAGGCUAGUUUCUAUUGUGAAAAUUUCCAUACACUGUUCCAAGUCAUUUAAAAGAGCUGUGUAGAAAAGAGAAAGAUCUCAUUUAAUAACUUUUAUACAUUUUUCAAAUCUUGCAUUCACAAGAUUUUUUUUCUGUCUAUAAGUGAAGCCUUUAUGUGUACAAGUUACACCAAAGCCUUUGUUCCUAUUUUGGACCUAAUGAGUGUGUUCAGAGGACAAAUAUGAUUGUAGCCAAGCAGGCAAGAUUUUCAUGUUUUGUUUUGGUUUUAUAAUUUUUCUCUUUUUUUUUUGUAAAAACAGCAAAGCUAAUAGCAAACCACCUUGAUUGUAUUUUUUUCAAAAGUCAAAAUGUAAAUAUGAGUGUAUCUUUUCAUUUACUGUGUGUUUUUACAGAUGUGAGAUAUUUAUAUGGAUGAUGAUAACUUAUUUGAUAUGGUUUAAUUUGUAUUCAAGUGAGGUUGUACACUUUUGUGGCUUGAGAUAAACGCCUUACAGCCCA